GCGCUGCAGUCGUCCAGCUGUUUUCGACGCAUUUUUGCCUCGACCCGUAAGAAAAACAGCUUUUCGGCUGAAAGUCGCCGAAAAUGGGCAAAUAUCUCGGCUUGGACAAGGUGAGCCGCUUCUUCGAGAUCCUGAAGCAGAACGGUGGCAUCCGCGCUUCUCUCUCCAAAAUUUAUAGAACGGAUGAACUCAAAUUUGGCACUUUGAUCGGCGAGGACAAGUAUGGAAACAAGUACUACGAAAAUAAAAUGUACUUCUACGGAAGGAACCGAUGGGUUGAUUACAAUAAUAAAUUGAUGCUCGACUACGAUGGCAGUCAGGUACCCGCUGAAUGGUUUGGAUGGCUCCACUACAAAACAGAUGUCCCUCCUAAUAAGGAUCCAACCAGGGUGAAUUACCCUUGGAUGGCAGACCACACGGAAAAUUUGUCAGGCACUUCCGGCGCGUACAUGCCCUACAGCACUGUGCCUCCGAAGAUACAAGCUUGGGUGCCGCCCAAGCCUAAGUCCUCUUAGUUCUCAUGUAAGUUUGUAAAUAAAUUGAUAGAUGCUCCUUUAAUUGUUCAAUAAAUGAAUUAUCUGUUAAA